CCAGACGCAUAGUGGAAAGAAUAGGAUAUAUAUAGUCGAAAAACAAAGCUAAGGCAAGGCUGCAGUAUUGGUUACCUUCCAGAAUUCGGCAGCAGAAAGCCGUUGGGUGUUUUUCUUCUUCUCUCUUUCCUUGUAAAUUUUUCCAAAGUUUUGGUGUUCUUUUCUUUGAUUAUUGUUGAUGAUUUUGUGAGUCAACCAGUCAAAACAAUUAAGUUAAGGAGGCGUUUGAAGGAAUUAAUGGUUGGAUGAUUGGUGUCUGAUGUUUUCCUAAAGUUCUUUCAUCGCCUGUAUCAAAUUCUUUGAUUUCAGAAACCUAAAAUUUGGGGUUUAAUGGCAAAAACUUCCUUCAAGCAAGAGCAUGAUCUUGAGAAGAGACGUGCUGAGGCUGCCAGGAUUAGAGAGAAAUAUCCAGAUAGGAUUCCGGUGAUUGUGGAAAAGGCAGAGAGAAGUGAUAUUCCCAACAUUGACAAGAAAAAGUUCCUUGUCCCAGCUGACUUGACUGUUGGACAAUUUGUGUAUGUGAUCCGUAAACGAAUCAAAUUGAGUGCAGAAAAGGCAAUUUUCAUAUUUGUGGACAAUGUCCUGCCACCAACAGGGGCAAUUAUGUCGGCUGUAUACGAUGAUAAAAGGGAUGAAGAUGGUUUUCUUUAUGUCAUUUAUAGUGGGGAAAACACUUUUGGGGAGGCUUAACAUGGGCACUGGUUUGGUGCUUUGAUUUCUAUCCUUUCACCACCAUCAAUUUCUGGUUCCUUGUGGUACGCUUUCUUUGUUUUGCACCCAUUCUAUAAACAAGUAUAUCGGUGCAUAGUUUGUGUAUAGAUCCAAGAACAUAAAACACUCUAAUUUCAAAGCACGCUAAAUGUUGGCAUUUGAUGUCUUUCUUUACUAAAUAAUUUUAGUCAUAACGGGGAGUUUCAUAUGUGAUUGAAUGAUGCUUCCAAGAAA